UUUUGCAAAAUAACGUUCUGUGUGCCCCAUGCUGGUAAUUACAGUACAUACGUGCCUUAUACCAUUUAAGUACAUAAGUAGAAAUAAAUAUUGAAAAUGUAUUCAACAAUCGAACUUGAUUGUCUAACCAGAUCACACGGUCUUUGGUUAAUGACAUGAAUAUGCUAAAUAACUAGACUGAUUGCAAUUUACACAUACCUUUCGUUUCCUUGUUAUUAUCAUAACACACCAUGUAUUGAACAUAUUCAAUGGAAUACAUUAAAUUGGACAAUAUGAGGAUUUACUUGCUGAUAUUGGUUUUUCCUUUCUCAACUCUGGCCGAAAAUAACACCAAAUCCCAUGUUCAGAACACGCUGAGGUCAGUAUUUAACAACUGUCGUCAACAUGUGAACCCAGGAAUGGCGGUAUCGGUAGUGCAAGAUGGACAGGUGGUGUUUUCAGAAGCGUUUGGAGUCAAGGACUUAGAAACAAAAGAACCAGUGACCACAGUUACGUUGUUUGGAAUUGGGUCACUGACAAAAGUGUUUGCGAACUUGCUGAUACAGAAAUACUUUGGUAAAGAUUCCAGAUACAGUUUGAUUACACCACUUAGACAUCUAUUUGGGAAAAAUGACCUUUUCAGUUACUCUGAUCUACGAACAUAUCAUUCCAACACACUUGACUUAAUGGCUCAUAGGAUGGGGUUUCCGAGCCACAACUACCUGCGCCUUGACAAUACAUUGAAUCGGGCAAAUGUAUUAGAACGUAUUAAGAAGUUCAAACCACGGGGAGGUUUUCGAGAUAGUUUCUACAGCAGCAAUAUCUUGUACGGACUACUAACAGACAUUGGUGAACGACUGGGUGGAAAAUCUUGGGAAGAGUUGGUAACACAAGACUUCUUUACCCCGAUUGGAAUGAAAAACUCCACUUUCUUCACGACAUUGACUUCAGAUUUAGUCAACAUAGCUACAGGAUAUAUGGAGGAAAACGAAGAGCUUUUCCCCACGUCCUUUGAGCUAUUAAGAAAAUGGACAGAAUUGUGUGGAGCAGCAUGCAUCACAUCCAGUGCUGAUGACAUGGGCCAAUUCAUGAAAUUUAUGUUAAAUGAUGGAGUCACAGACUCCGGCACCAGGAUCGUCGGUAGAAAAGAGAUGAAAGAUAUGCUCCUAUCAUGGAAUCUUCUGCGAUCGUCCAGCCUUCGCGAAUACUUCUCCGGGUUGAACGGAGUACCAUAUUCCAGAGAAUACAGUGGAUAUGCACUUGGGUUAAAGACUGGGAUGUAUAGAAAUCACAGAAUACUAGAAGAAACGGGUGACAUCUUUGGAUAUAGCUCAAUAAUGACACUCUUCCCAGACCAGAAGCUGGGCAUCUUUAUCUCCAUGACGGGCAAAGAUAAAGACGACUUAUUUCGAAUCACUGCUAGUUCCUACAUAUCCGACCUAUACAACAAAGAGGAGCCAUGGUUAAACGCCUCAACUCUAUGUACCUUCCCAGAACCAUUCAAGAAGCGAACAAAUAAAAGUUCUAAUACUUUUGAAGAAAUUCCUCUUGACAGACCUGCCAGCGAUUUCGUAGGCGUAUACUACAAUGAAUUGUACAAGGAUAUUACCAUCACCGAACACAACGGUUCACUUAAACUCAAGUACGGCUACGUCACCUUUGAUUUGAUUCGAAAAAAAUCUCGAUCUUAUAAGUUCCACAUGGUAAGCACAGGUAUUGCAGCACAUGCUUUCAAGAGGAGAUCCAUGGAAUUCAAAGCCAGCGAUCCUAAAAACCCAGAAUACAUAACCAUUGCUCGUUUAAGACAUUUUGAAAGGAGCGAUUUCAUACGACAACCACAUUUAACUGGUGCAAAACCAGAGAAAGAAAAAUCAAGCCGAGAAGGGGUUUUAGAUAGCACACUACAGACAACUUUUAAGGCAUGCCGGCGGCAUCAAAACCCAAGUAUGGCAGUUUCUGUCGUUAAGGACGGAAAAACUGUGUUCUCCAAGGCGUAUGGUAAUAAGGAUAUCAAUAUGGAUUCCAGGGAACCAAUUACAACCAAAACUCUGUUUGGUAUUGGAUCGCUUACAAAAGUGUUUGCCAAUCUUCUCGUGCAAAAGUAUAUGAGCAACGAUUCCAGGUACGACUUAAACACUACUCUUCGACAUCUGUAUGGUAACAAGGAGAUAUUCAAACACUCUUUUCUUCGGUCUCAAUUUGUAAAUACGUUGGACAUGAUGGUUCAUAGAACGGGAUUCCCGCCCUACAACUACCUCCGACUGGACGAUAAACUAAAGCGGGAAAACGUUAUGGAACGAAUUCAUUCUUUGAAAACAAAGGAUGGGUUUCGAACACAGUUCCGGACAAACAAUUUGAUGUAUGGCAUUAUAACGUAUAUGGCCGAGAGAAUGGGUGGAAAUUCAUGGGAGAAUUUGAUUAAAACAGAAUUUUUCAAUCCCUUGGGAAUGAACAAUUCAUCAUUUUUUACUAUGUUGAAUCCCGAUUCUGAGGACAUUGCCAGGGGGUAUGUUCAGGACGACGGAGUCUUGUAUCCCGUGUCAUAUGAUUUUUUAAGACAAUGGACAGAUCUUUGUGGCGCAGCCUGCAUCGUGUCCAAUGUGGAGGACAUGGCACAAUUCAUGAACUUCCUAUUGAAUGAGGGCAAGACAGACUCUGGUGUUAGUUUGAUCAACGUCAAGAGCAUCCGCGAUCUCUUCCUACCAUGGAUGCAGCUGCAGUCUUCGGAUAUAGAAGAUUAUUUCAUAAAAUCCAAAGGAGUUCCUUAUUCCAGGGCGUACUCGGGAUAUGGUUUAGGCUUAAAUGUUGGAACAUAUCGGGAUCACCGAAUACUGGAGGAGGCAGGAAACAUCUUCGGCUACCGCUCCCUAAUGACACUAUUCCCGGAUAAGCGAUUGGGAAUUUUUAUUGCUACAACAGGAGAAGACAAGGAUGAAUUAUUUCGUAUAUCCGUCAACUCCUUUAUUGCUGAUUUAUACAAUGAAGAAGAUCCAUGGCUCAACUCUACCUUGCUCUGCAGCUUUCCCCGACCUUUCAUGACCGAAAAGAAGAAGAAACAAUCCCGAUUUAUCCCCAGGAACAUCCCCUUAGGUCGCCCGAUAGAAAACUACAUGGGGACAUACUAUAAUGACGUUUUCCAUGAGAUAACGGUGACAGCAGUGAACGACCAGUUAAAACUUACCUAUGGCUACGUCACAUAUGAUCUUAGAAAGAGAAGAGAGAGAUCUGAAAAAUUUUAUAUGAUAGCACAGGGGCAUGCGCAACAUAUUUUAAAGAGAAGAACUGUGGAGUUCCGAGAGACUGAAGCAAAUAGAACAGGCUAUAUUAAUGUACUCCACAUAAACAGCUUUGAGGAUAGUGACUUUGUGAAAAUACCGGAAGUCGAUACAUCCGCCAUCCUCCCUGCUAGGAUAUAGCGAUGAAUAACGACUAAAACUACACGUUUCAUCUAAACUGUACCGACUAUAAUUCUUUUACUUGUUUUAAAACAUCAUAUAUAUACAUAUGUAAUAGGAUAUUAAAUUCAGAGCGCUCAGAAGUCAUAGACCUCAGCCAAAUCACCCA